AUGGAAUCAAAUUUCAUUGGCGACGACUACGGACCGCUCUUUCACUACCAGUAUCGAUUAAUUGUAAUCGGCGAUUCCACAGUGGGAAAAUCCAGUCUUUUACGAUAUUUUACCGAGGGAAAGAUGGCUGAAAUCAGUGAUCCGACAGUCGGAGUGGAUUUUUAUGCGAGAAUGAUUGAGUUGAGGCCUGGAUAUCGUGUGAAGUUACAGUUAUGGGAUACAGCCGGUCAGGAGAAGUUUCGCUCAAUCACAAAAUCCUACUACCGAAAUUCGGUCGGAGUGCUCGCAAUCUACGAUAUAACGAAUCGAGAAAGUUUCGAACACGUCGAGAAUUGGGUCAAAGAGGCGGCACAGAAUUUGGGCGGUCCCAGUCCGGGAAAAUGUGUUUUUCAGUUGGUUGGCACGAAGUGUGAUAUGGAUGCACAACGACAGGUGAAUUACGAAGAAGGCGAGUACUUUGCAAAGUAUCACAAAAUGAAAUUCAUUGAAACGUCGUCGAGAAAUGGAGAUAAUGUGAAUGAGGCAUUCCAUAUGAUCGCUCAGGAGAUACAAAACCGCGUUGACGAGGGAGAACUGCGACCAGUCGAUGGUUGGGAAGGUCUGAAGACAGGCAUAAUGAGAUCUCAAUCCGUUUGUCUUUCCGAAAGAAGUUUCCCUCAAAAUGGCACAGGCGGAGCAUGUGGAUGCUGA